UAAUUAUAUAUUCAAUACUCAAAAAGUUAUUUUUAAAUAUCGUACUCAAAUCAUGUCACAAAAGAAAUUAAUACUGCAUUUGAUACCUCGAAAAAAAAAAUAAUAAAAAUAAAAAUAAAAAUUUGAACUAAGUUUCCUUCCAUUUCAAGCUCAACGCACAGCACGGGCUACGCGGAGCCCCAUCACAAGACCCGCACUGCGUUCGGGUGUCCCGGUUCACCGGUCCCCCUCCUGAUCCACUUCCCAUUUUACCACAGUGCCAGGCAUUGUUCUAUUUGAAUUUUACCACUUAAAUUGAAACAAUUUGUGGCAGAAGUGUAAGCGAUAAUGGCGGACGGUGGUCAGGGUGGUGUUCCACAGCCGCUGCGCAAGUUAGCAACGGGGGCCGCUAUACUCCUUGGCGGAGUGUUCACUGUCUCUUCUCUCUCCUCCGCCACCAUUGGAACGCUUCGAGGUUUCGCCGAGGCUAAACGGAAAAAAUUUGCAUUGCCAUGUGGGAUUUGUAAGGGAAAAGGGUUUUAUAUGUGCAAACUAUGCAAAGGAAAAUCUACCAUACAGUGGUCACCAUUAUAUGAUCCUAUCGUUAUCAAUCCAUGUCUUUGCCCUACUUGUGAUGGAAAUAGGGUACAACGCUGUCUCAAUUGUUUGGGGAAGGGCUAUGAUUAGCAAGUGAGAGCUGCAAAAUAAUUUUGGAUUUGAUUUAACAUUUUGGUGUUCGAUAAAUGUCGCCUGAAAGCUGAAGGCCAACUCUAGCUGUCAAAAACUACAUUUUUUUCUCCCUUGAAAGGUGAAACAGACGACGAAGUUGCGGGACCGAAAACUAGAAGUGUACAAGUUGGAGUCACUGAAUAUUGAACUUGAGAAAACACAUGUAAUAAAUAUAGCAACAAGCUUGCAAUAAAAUCCCCUGCUACCUCUCUCAACUUUGCGGAAUACAUGAUAUAUGUAUUAUAUAACAUAGUUUGUGGUUGUGUUA